AGCACCAAAUCCAAGAUGGCGGCCAGCAGGAGGCUGAUGAAGGACAACCCUCCAUACGAUAAGGGGGCCUUCAGAAUCGAAAUCAACUUUCCAGCAGAGUACCCAUUCAAACCACCGAAGAUCACAUUUAAAACAAAGAUCUAUCACCCGAACAUCGACGAAAAGGGGCAGGUCUGUCUGCCAGUAAUUAGUGCUGAAAACUGGAAGCCAGCAACCAAAAGCGACCAAGUAAUCCAGCCCCUCAUAGCACUGGUGAAUGACCCCCAGCCCGAGCACCCGCUUCGGGCUGACCUAGCUGAAGCGGACCGUAAAAAAUUCUGUAAGAAUGCUGAAGAGUUUACAAAGAAAUAUGGGGAAAAGUGACCUGUGGACUAAAAUCUGCCACGAUUGGUUCCAGCAAGUGUGAGCAGAGACCCCGUGCAGUGCAUUCAGACACCCCGCAAAGCAGGACUCUGUAGAAAUUGACACGUGCCACCGCCUGGUGUUCACUUGUGGCAGUUACUAACUUUUUACAGUUUUCUUAAUCAAAAGUGGUCUAGGUAACCUGUAAAGAAAGGAUUAAAAAUUUAAGAUGUUCUAAAAA